GAAGACAUCCAACAAGAAGCGCCCGAGGAAGAAAUCCCACAAGAGACGCCAGAAGAUAUUCAGGAGGAAAUAGGCUUCGAUCAUCCACCAGAGCGCUUGGCCGUGGUCGGGGCUCCAAUUGCUGGUGACGUGAGCGUCGACAAAUCUGUGAAGAAGGACGUUCGGAGCUGGGACAUGCCAGUUCUCUUGAAGUCUCGUGCUCAUGCAUUUGACAUCAUUUGA